AUGGAGUUCAUCGCCGUAUUCGGUGAUCAGACCCAACCUCAGUGGGGAUUACUGCGAGAUAUAUAUCACAGCAAACCCGACCGAUACGUUGCCUAUCUCCUGGAGAAGAUUCCUUCCAUAAUACGAGAUGAGACGCGAAGACUGCCACGACGCCAACGAGACAAGAUCCCAGAUUUCACCACUUUCCUGGAUUUGGUGCGGGCUUGCGAAGAGAACCAGCUGCACGUACCCCAACUCGAUAGCUGCAUGGUCACUACAGCACAGCUGUUGGACUGGUUUCGAUACUAUACCGACCGUCCUGAGCAUUAUCCCACGCCUCACAAUGCGCGGGUUGUUGGCAUUUGUACUGGUAUGAUCGCUGGUGCAGCCGUCGCAUCUGCUCGGAGCCUCCCGGAACUGCUUCCACUUGCUCUGCGCGCAGUCCGGUACGCAUUUCGCCUGGGAACUGAAACUGCGCAAGCCCGAGAUGGCAUCGAACCAAACGGUGCGGAGCAGCCCCAGCCGUGGUCAUAUAUCGUUGCAGACAUGACUGAGGGCACUGCGAGAGACGCAAUCGACAGACUCAACGAAGAAAAUCAGCCACCCCUCAUCUCUCAGCCCUAUGUCAGUGCCAUAGCUCCUCAGUCCCUCACCAUUAGUGGUCCCCCGACAAGUCUCAGGAGACUCCGCGCGACCACUGGCUUCCAUGGACGGAGAGUCGAGCCUAUCGGCAUUUACGCACCGCAUCAUGCACCACACAUCUUCACCAGUGCUGCGAUAGAACGGAUUCUCGACGAAAACAACGAUGGCGAUCUCACUAGGGACCUUUCUGCAUACAGCAUCCAACUGCCAAUGCAUUCCGCUGUGACUGGAGGAAUAAUUACUGCUUUGAACGCCCGGGAGCUUUUCAGGGAGGCACUAGCUGAGAUUUUGUGCAAGCCCGUCAAUCUAGUGUCUCUGCUGGACGAGCUGGCGAACAGUAUUAGGGACGAAACCAGCAAAUGUACCAUUCACGUCCUCGGUAAGGCUUCCGGUAAACUCAUGCGCAAUGCAAUCCGGGAAAGGCAUCCCCGGCUAGAUAUCGUCCGGCUGGAUUCAUCAGAGAUAAAGGCGCGGAAUCCUGAAGGAAGCAUGCACAACGACAAGAUCGCCAUCGUUGGCAUGGCCGGACGAUUCCCCGAGGCUGCUGAUCACGAGGAGCUUUGGGACCUGCUCAUGAAAGGCCUCGACGUUCACCGUCAUGUACCUCCGGACCGCUUCGAUGCGGAUGCGCACUGCGAUCCCUCUGGGAAAGGGAAAAACAAGAGCCACACACCAUAUGGAUGCUUCAUCAAGGAACCAGGCCUGUUUGACGCUCGCUUUUUCAACAUGUCUCCUCGCGAGGCCAAGCAGACUGAUCCCAUGGGUCGACUGGCCCUUGUCACGGCCUACGAAGCGCUCGAGAUGGCUGGUUACGUAGCAAACCGCACUCCAUCAUCGAAGCUCCACCGCAUUGGGACAUUUUAUGGUCAAACAUCGGACGACUGGCGUGAGAUCAAUGCCGCAGAGAAUAUUGACACUUACUUCAUCACCGGAGGAGUGCGUGCCUUUGCUCCCGGGAGGAUAAACUUUUACUUUAAGUUCUCCGGGCCCUCCUUCAGCAUUGACACAGCUUGUUCUUCCUCGCUGGCUGCCAUCCAACUGGCGUGUACUUCUCUAUGGGCAGGCGACUGUGACACUGCCUGUGCUGGAGGUUUGAACGUCUUGACCAACCCGGACAUCUUCGCUGGCCUCAGCAAAGGCUCGUUCCUCUCCAAGACCGGCGGUUGCAAGACCUUUGACAACGACGCUGACGGGUAUUGUCGCGGUGAUGGUUGUGGCACUGUCAUACUGAAGAGAUAUGCUGAUGCUAUUGCUGACAAUGACAACAUCCUCGGAUGCAUUCUCAGUGCAGGGACCAACCACAGUGCUCAGGCAGUAUCUAUUACGCAUCCUCAUGCCCCUACGCAGAUGGAGCUGUACAAGGAGGUUCUUGCAAAGUCUGGUGUCGAUCCACACGAGGUCACCUACGUUGAGAUGCACGGAACGGGCACACAGGCAGGUGAUGCCACAGAGAUGCAGUCUGUGCUCGGUGUUUUUGCACCUCCUGAGAGACAGCGGACGCCUGAACGUCCAUUACAUCUAGGUGCCAUCAAAGCCAACAUUGGACAUGGUGAAGCCGCUUCCGGAAUCAACUCUCUAAUCAAGGUGCUCUUGAUGAUGGAGAGGAACGCGAUUCCUGCCAACGUGGGUAUCAAAGGGGUAAUUAAUAAGGGGUUUCCGAAUGCAGCAGAGCUUCGACGUCGCAAUGUUCACAUCCCGACGAAAGCCGUGGACUAUCCACGGCAAGGCUCGGAAAAACGCAAGAUCUUCCUCAACAAUUUCUCUGCCGCCGGCGGCAACACCUCUCUACUCCUUGAGGAUGGACCUCUGCGCGAGUCUCCUACCGGCCAGGACCCCAGGACGAUGCACAUUGUCACGGUCACCGCAAGAUCCAUUACAUCUCUGAAACAAAACAUUCGCAACCUGAUCAGUUACCUCGAUGAUCAUCCCGAAACAACGCUCCCCAGCCUGGCGUAUACGACAACUGCACGACGCAUCCAACACUUCUUCCGCGUGGCUCUCUGCGUCUCCGACAUAGGGGAAGUCAAGAAAGCACUGGAGUCAGAACUGAAGGACACGUAUGAGCCUACUGCCUUGGCGCCGACUAAGGUUGCAUUCGCAUUUACCGGUCAGGGCUCUCAAUACACAGGUCUCGGACAAAGGCUGUACAACCAGGUCAAAUCCUUCAAGUCCGAUAUUCUGUACCUGAACUCCCUAGCCAACGUCCAUGGCCUCCCUUCAAUACUCCCGCUUCUGGAAGGCAAGGAUGUAGAUUCCUUGUCCCCUGUGGUGCUGCAGCUCGGCAUGACCUGUAUCCAGGUUGCCAUGGCGCGAAUGUGGCAAUCCUGGGGUGUGAAGCCGGCUUCAGUGGUCGGUCACAGCCUGGGCGAGUAUGCGGCUCUAUGUGUCGCUGGUGUUCUGGCGCCGAGCGACAUGAUCUUGCUCGUUGGCGAACGUGCUAAGCUUAUUGAACAGCGGUGUACACCCAACACCCAUGGGAUGCUUGCGGUGAAAGGCAGUGUGGAUUCCAUCCUUUCUGUCCUCCAAGACGACGACAUUGAGAUUGCGUGCAUCAAUGGCCCUACCAGUACCGUCCUCGCAGGUACAGUCGAUCGUAUUGCAGCGGCCCAGAAUCUGCUCCAGUCGAAGAACAUGUCGUGCACACGCCUCGCAGUUUCUUUCGCGUUUCACUCAGCCCAAGUGGAUCCCAUACUAGAGCCGUUCAGGAAUGUUGCGUCCACUGUUCCGUAUCGAAAGCCUGAAGUUCCCGUUCUAUCACCUCUUCUGGGAAUUGUAUCCACUGAUGGCGGCGAUUUCGGGCCCGAUUAUCUGUGUCGCCAUGCUCGCGAAACGGUGAAUAUGCUGAGCGCUCUCCAGGCUGCCGAAGCAUCAGGGAUAUGCAACGCGGAAACCGCCUGGUUGGAAAUAGGUGCGGACAGGCCAGUGAGCAGCAUGAUCAGGGCGACAGUGCCAGAAACCGCCUGUGUGGCAUCAUCGCUUCGUAAGGGUGUGGACCCAUGGCAGUCUCUCUCCGAAGCGAUCACCUCCUUGUAUCUGGCUGGAGUUCCCUUCGACUUCUACGAAUAUCACAGAGAGUAUGAGAGCGCCCAUAGGCUGCUCAGACUCCCAACAUACCACUUCGACAACAGCCGGGAGUGGCUCGAUUAUCAUAACAAUUGGUGUCUGACAAAGGGCGAGGAUCCUCGUCCCGCCGCAGUACAGCCUCAGUUGGACGGCCCCAGAUCACGCCCGUUGACCACUUCCUGCCAGUUCAUUGUCAGACAAGAGCUGAAUGCCAACUCUGGAACCGUAGUUGUCCAGUCCGACUUGUCGGAGCCGAAACUGAGGGCAGCAAUCAGUGGACACGAAGUGGACGGCAACCCGUUUUAUCCCUCGUCACUCUAUGCGGAUCAGGCGAUGACGGUGGCGGAUUAUCUCUACAGACAACUUCGACCAAACAUGCCAACACCAGGUCUCAAUGUCCACACCCUGGAAGCUACGAAGGCUCUCAUCCCGGAGAAUCCUCCACCAGAGGCUGGGCAGCAUAUCCAGAUUGAAGCCACUGCCAAUCUCGAACUCAACGAGGUUCGGGUAAAGUUCCGGAGUGUGUCUGCAGAUGGGCAGAAGGUUUUCCUCAAUCAUGCCGAAGGCGUGGUGAAGUACGAGAAUAUCGAUUCCUGGACAAGAGAGUGGGCUCGCUGCGGUUACAUGGUUCAGAAUCAGAUCAAUUCCCUUGAACAGAAGCUCCACCAAGGACAGGCUUGCAAGUUUACACGAGCAGUGGCAUACAAGCUUUUCCAGGUUCUUGUAUCCUACGCCAAGCCUUACCGUGGUAUGGACGAAGUCAUCAUCAACCAACAGGACAACGAAUCCACUGCCGUAGUUCGAUUCCAAACCACGCCCGAGGAUGGUGACUUCUACUGUUCUCCUUACUGGAUCGACAGUCUGGCUCAUCUUUCAGGUUUCACGAUCAACACUUCUGAGCAGAACGAGUCUGACGAAGUCUAUAUCAGCCAUGGAUGGGAAUCGCUCCGCAUCUCGACGAAGCUCUCACCAGAAAAGAAGUACCGCAGUUACGUGAGGAUGCAGCCGGCACCAGACGUUGCGAACGUGUCCGUCGGCGAUGUAUACAUAUUCGAAGAAGGAAAGAUUAUUGGAAUGGUCAACGGCCUCAAAUUCAGAAAGAUGAAGCGCAAGGGUCUCAAGUCGAUAGUGGAAGCGGCCAAAGCCGAAAACCGCCGAGCGCUGGGCAUUGCCGCAGGACCUUCUCAAGCCAUCGCGAAGACUACCAAGACCCCUAAAUCGGCCCCAAAACCAUCGAUACCGGCCGGGAAGACUACCUCUCAAAAGCCUCUCAUUGAUCGCGUCUUAGAAGUGAUUAGUGCGCAGUGCAAUCUGGGCAUCAAUGAGCUUGUGGAUGGAGCCUAUUUCGCGAGAAUGGGCGUCGACUCUCUUAUGGCACUGGACCUGACCUCAGCAAUCCGUGAUCAGUUGGGCAUGGAGAUCAGCAAUCAAGUGUUCAUCGAGUGUCCGACAGUCAAGGCUUUCAAGCAAUAUCUGAUCAAAGAGCACGGAACUGUCGAAGCUACUGUCGUUAACGUCGAUGCACAGUCAGCAACUUCUGAGGAGUCCUCUCAGAUUCUCACUCCUGUUGAAACCACCUCCGCGACUACCCCUGCUAGUAGCGCCUCAAGUGUAUGUGAUGAAGUAGAACCAGUGGCAUUGAAAGCGGCAUCCGGUUUUGACUUCAGGGCAAUGGUGGCAGAGUCGAUGCACUGCGACCGAUCGGAGAUUACUGACAAGAUCGAGCUCUCCGUGCUGGGCAUGGAUUCCAUAAUGUCCCUGGAACUAGUGAGUCAACUGCGCGAGCGGGGACAUGAAGUCCCUCAAGACUUCUUCCAGCACAAUCCCACCGCUCAAGCUGUCGAACAAGCCCUCGGUUUCGGUCCCAAGCCACGACCUAAAUCCAAGCCGAAAGUUACCCUCUCGGAGGGCCCCAAUGGCUCCAACAAACGUUCACCCCAGCUUAGCGAAGUGUCAAGGAAGCUCGAAAAGUCCAGCAAGCUUGAAAGAAUACGGCAAAAGAACCUCAGUGUGAUUCUCCAAGGAACCAGAAGUGAUCCAUUGAGCAUGUUCCUGAUCCCGGAUGGUUCAGGCAGCGCUACAUCCUACCAGUACAUGUCUCGUAUUUGUCGCAAGAUGAGAGUGAGCAGCAUUUGGUGUCCGUUCCUGAAGGAACCGCAAGAAUGGACCAGCGACAUCGGCUGUCGAGGAAUCGCGCAGCUCUACAAGGAACAGAUCAAAAAGCAACAACCGCAGGGUCCCUACAUCUUGGGUGGCUGGUCUGCCGGCGGUGUUCUCGCCUAUGAAGUUGCAUACCAGUUGAUUCAGGAGGGCGACAAGGUCUCCUGCCUCGUCCUGAUCGACUCUCCGUGUCCUGUGAGAUUGGAUCCUCUACCGGCACGCCUCCAUGUCUGGUUCGAAAAGAUCGGCCUCCUGGGGAAGGACAGUAACAAUAAGACUCCAGAUUGGUUGCUCCCACACUUCACUGCAACCAUCAACAAUCUCAAGGAUUAUACCCCAGAUCCCAUGGAGCCCUCCAAAGCCCCCAAGGUGAUUGCGGUCUGGUGCAGAGAGGGUGUAUGCCCCGACCCCAAUAGUCCUCGACCCCCGCCCGGAGAAGGCGAAGAUCCGGCACCCAUGAAGUGGCUUCUCGACAAUCGUACCGAUUUUGGCGACAACGGGUGGGCUGCGCUGUUGCCGAUGGAGAAUUUCUACUUCAAAGACAUGGGUGGGAACCACUUCACCAUGAUGAAGCCCCCAUAUUCUGAAACGCUGGCGAGUAUCAUCGGAGAGGGUCUGGCGGCGUUGGGAAUCAUUGAUGAGCAAUGA